AUGGACAGGGUUGAUUUAUUUACUUGUGUGUGUGUGCCUGUUAUUGGAUGUAUCACCCAGGUCAACGAGGACCAACUCAAGCAGAUGGAGAGCGAGAACAGUUUCAUCACACGUUGGAAUGACAAGAAAGACACCACAGUAAGUCGGCCUGUUUAGCUCCACUGACAAACACAAUCAGACUUCUGGACCGUUGUGUGUGAGUUUGUGUGUGUGUGUGUGUGUGUGUGUGUGUGUGUGUGUGUGUGUGUGUGUGCAUGCGUGUGUGUGUGUGUAUAAGCUGAGCUCUCAGGUCAGAAAUGCAUUUGAACUGUCUUCCUGUUAUGCAAUGAUUCAGGGAGGGAGGGUGUUGGUUGGACAGAGCCAGGAGGCCAAUGAGAGGGUUUGUAUGCCUGUUAAGCUUUAUGACUGUCUCCUACUUUAUACCUGAAUGCAUGCGCUGCAGGAAACUAUUUGUUAAGAUAACCUGGCAAACAAAUUCAUCUUCCACCGCCUGCUGAAGUUGAAAGUGGUUGAACAAAGUGUUGAAAGUGAUUGAAUAAAGUGUUGAAAGUGAUUGUUUUUUUUCCCACCUGAAGUUGGUUUCCAGAGGCUGUCAGGAUGAAUCUUGCCAAUUGGACUAAAAGGUUAACGCUAUUGUGGGAAAAUUGCCCCCGAAAAAAUGAAAGAGAGCUAGACAAAUGUCUCACGUACUAAAAGUGGAGGUUUUUGGUAACCUGGUAACAGGAUUGAGAGCAGAGGGAGGAGGAAAAGAGAAGUGUCAGAUAUUCAAUUGAAAGCUUUUAGUAAAGACUAGGUCUCUCAGGGAGGGAGAGGGAAUUAAGGCUAGCUCUGCCAUGUGGGUUUGCUAAUUGUUAGAGGCUUGCUGUGAAGCAGUGUGAUUAGCCUAGUGCCUAGCCUUGCACCUGUUAGCUCAGGCUGUUGAGUUAGCUCUUGGAGUGGAGGGUACACACACACACAUACACACACACACACACACACAUUAGAUUUGAGCGCUGUCCUCUCUUUUUUCCCCCCUCUCUUUUCCCCCUCUUUUUCCCCCUCUCUUUUCUCCCCCCUCUUUACCCCCUCUCUUUUCCCCCCUCUCUUUCCCCCUCUCUUCCCCCUCUCUUUCCCCCCCUCUAUUUCCUCCUCCUUCUCUUGUCCCCCUCCUCUCUUUCCCCCUCUCUUUUCCCCCCUCUUUUCCCCCCUCUUUUUCCCCCUUUUUUCCCCCCUCUUUUCCCCCCCUCUCUCUUUUUCCCCCCUCUCUUCUCCCCCUCUUUUCCCCCCCUCUUCCCCCCUCCCUUUUUCCCCCCCCUCUUCCCUUUUCUUCCCACCUCUUUUUCCCCCUCUUUUCCCCCUCCUUUCCCCCCUCUUUCCCCCCUUUUUCCCCCCUCACUUUCCCCCCUACUUUUCCCCCCCUCUCUUUUUCCCCCUCUCUUUUUUCUUCCCCUCUUUUUCCCCUCUCUCUUUCCCCCCCCUUGUUCCCCCCUCUCUUCCCCCCUCUCUUUUUCUCCCCCCUCUCUUUUCCCCUCUUUCCCCCCCUCCUUCUCUUUCCCCCCACUCCAUCCCCCCCUCUCUUUUUCUCCAUCCUGUCUUUUCUUUCCAUUCUAUUCUCCUUGACUUCAGGCGUCAGAAAGCACAUUUAAUUUAGAGUGACGGCGCCAGCAAAACCACCCUGUUUGUUUUCUUUCCUCGCUUGUUCUCUCAUCUGUGGCUGGGCUAACACAAUAAAGUUGGGCAGCCAUAUUUUGACUGGCAAUUUGACUGGUGAACUCAUGGGUACACUCGCAAUGGCUGCCUGGUAUUGUGAUGCAAAAAUGUCCAUGGUAUUUUGGAAUGUUCUAUCAACUGAUGCUGGAUUGCCAUGGUAAUGUAGAAUGUUCAUUCAAAUGAUACUAACUGAUGUGGCUCAUAAAGUAAGUGUUUUGUAAUGUCAGUUGAGUUGACUCAACAAAUCACAGCACACAACUGCUUUUACUUCCUGGCAUGGGUACACUCAAAAUGGCUGCCAGUCCACCCAUUAUACCAUCAUUGACUUGAAACGCGCUUUCUACUCAUUCUCAUGGGUAAACUCUGCAUUAUCAUACGUUUAAAUGUUACAUUUUAGUCAUUUAGCAGAUGCUCUUAUCCAGAGCGACUUACAGUGGUGAGUGCAUAUAUCUUCAUACUUUUUUGUACUGGUCCCCCGUGGGAAUCGAACCCACAACCCCGGCGUUGCAAGCUCCAUGCUCUACCAACUGAGCCACACGGGACCUGUCUACUUCUCCUUCACUUCAAUCUACUGUGACCUUGUUUCCUGUGGAGAGGAAGGAAUAAGUACCAUGAUGCACAGAGAUACCUCUAAACCUUUCCCUUCCCCUCUCGUUUCCACAGCUGAGAGUGACUGUUGUCAAGACAAACUGAAGUGUGCUUUAACUGGAGGCCACGACUCAGCAUUUCAAAAUUGCCACCAUACAUGGACUGUUUAGUUUUCAGGGCAGUUGAUGGAAGUGGUUUCAUGUGUGGUACUGUCUCAACCAGCUGCAUAAGUAAGGGACAAUCAAAAAGGGGCUAUGCGUUCUAUUGGAAACUAUUGAACGACGUGAAAGGUGUGUUUCACAACGCGCUAGCAGAUUGGAACUGACCUUGCAUGGAGUUGCAUUAUUUUUCAGAGAAUGCAUAGAGCUCGAGUUGAUUAACUCUUUAAUACCAUGGGUAUAAUUUAACACAUUUGCCGCUAGAAAUGUGUUCAACAUCCACUGAAGUAGCUAGCAAGUUUACUAGAUAGCUACAGUAGUUGCUGUGGUAACCAAACAAACAGACUUGCUAGUUUAACUAACCAAACCUUCAGUCCUAGCUUGCUAUUAUGAAAAUCAAAUUCAACAAUGCCAAUACUGUUUUAGAUUCGACUUUUGCUUUCAAAAGCAGCUCAAACAAAACAUGUAAAAAUGAACUAUAGCCAUUGAAUUCUACCGUGCAAAUAUACUGUGUGUUGUAGGGAAAUAAUGAACCCUCUAGAAUGCCCUUGAAGCCAAUCAGAAAGGAGUAUUCAACAACGCCAUGGUAUAAUUAAGCAAUAAGGCCCAAUGAGGUGUGGUAUAGAGAGCUUGCAGUUGCGUCACAAAUCACCUAGCAACCGCACCGUUGGAAGACCAGUCAGUCUGGUGAAAGUCCUCCAAUCGUCCACAUGGCUGACUGCGUUUUGCUACCACUGGAAACUUCUGGAAGAUUGCCCAUUAUUUAGUUUUUCUACGGACCCAGAAAAUGGAGGCAGUGGGAGAACCUAUUCAAGCAAGGAAAUAUAUUUUGAAAAUAAUUUAAAAAACAAUGUAUUAUUAGUUAGCUUGCUACAGAAACUUAGUGUGCAGGCUAACUCAAAAGUGCUGCUAACGUAAUGCUCGCUAGUUAGCUAGCUAACUUUACAUACUAUAUAGCUAGCUAAGUAAAUAAAACAUCACCAGCUUGCUAACUUCAUAUUAGCUAGUUAGUUAUCUUGAUGUAUUUAUCAUUGUAACUCCAAAUGCAUGUGUAGCUAGCUAACAGCAGUGGAAGAGGGUGAAAAGAAUUAGCUAACGUUAGCACUUCCAGCUGUCAGAGAAGGGAGAGUAGGCUACUCUGAAUAGGGAAGGUACAUUUGUGGGAGGACAUUAUGAAAAUAUUAUCCAGUCCCAGUCCCUAGUGACAAAAACUGAGGACAGAGAGAUAUAGCAACAUAAUAUUCAGUGCUGUCUAAUUUGAGUAUAAUGCAGCCUGUUUAUUUUGUGAUGUUUUCUGUCCUCAGAUACAGAGAGCCGUCAAACCCUGUCUGCGGGUGAAGAGGUCCCAAUGAAUGUCCCAAGAGAAUAAGAGUGCAUCCUUGUAUACCAUGGGUUAUGUAUACCUUGGGUUAUGUAUACCAUGGGUUAUGUAUACCUUGCUAUGUUAGCAAAUGUUGUAAACAAAAAUACAGUUUAAAAGUCACACAAUGUAUAAGCCUAUUACAACUGGAGCAGGCCAACCCUGCUGGGUGUGCAUGCUUCUGUUCCAACCCAACACUAACACACCUUGAUUAAAUGUAUCAAACAUAAUUAGUUAAUAAUCAAGUGUGCAAUUGCUGGGCUGGAACAGAAGUCUUCUCACCCAGUAGAUCAGGGAUCAGUGGAGGGAGGUUGGCCAUCUCUGGUAAUAACUGCCUACUUGUUACUAAAAUGUCUAACCUGUUAGCUUACUUGUACACUUUGAAAUGAUAUGAAACAAUGUUGAUUCUUUGAAGUUAAGUGUUUAAACUUGUUUUCAUUGUUAACUUAACUAUUAUUCAGGAUGAACUAGUGUCGAUGUUGAUUAAUCACAGAUCACAAUCCUGCAAUAAAGAGGGGAAGGGAAUCUGGCUUUAAUUUGUCUGUGUUUCUGUGUUGUAUUAUUUGAUUGUCACUAUUUGUUCAGAAUAUCAGCCAUGUGAACCCAUUUUGCAGCUGAUAAUGGCAUGCAAUACCAAUGCAGCCAUAUAGCUGAACAAUAUGUCAACAAUGUGGGGCGGCAGGUAGCUUAGUGGUUAAGAGUGUUGUGCCAGUAACCGAAAGGUCGCUGGUUCUAAUCCCUGAGCCGACUAGGUGAAAAAUCUGUUGAUGUGCAAGACACUUAACCCUAAUUGCUCUGGAUAAGAGCGUCUGCUAAAUGACAAAAUUAUUAUUAAUGUGUGUGAGUUAAGCUUUUCUCUGCUUCAGAUGCACAAUGUCAAGGGGUGCAACGCAAAUGCCCAUAAAGCUAAUGCCAUCUUACUUUAGGCCAGUGGUUCCCAACUCCGGUCCUCGAGUACCCCCAACAGUACAGUUUUAUUGUAGCCCCGGACAAACACACCUUUGUCUGGAUUCAACUUGUCAACUAAUCAUCAGGCCCCAAAUGAGUUGAAUCGGGUAUGUUUGUCCGGGGCUACAACAAAAAUGUGUGCUGUUGGGGGUAAUCGAAGACCGGAGUAUACGGCUUGCAGUCAAUCAGCAUUCAGGGCUCAAACCUGUUUAUAAUCAUAAUUAUAAACUGGUGGUUCGAGCCUUGAAUGCUGAUUGGCUGACACCCGUGGUAUAUCAGACCCUAUACCAUGGAUAUGACCAAAAAUUUAUUUUGACUGUUCUAAUUACGUUGGUAACCAGUUUAUGAUAUAUAAGGCACCUCAGGGGUUUGUUGGUGUACUGUAUGGCCAAUAUACCACGGCUAAUGGCUGUAUCCAGGCACUCCGUGCUGCAUAACCAGCUUAUAAUAGCAUUAAGGCAUCUCAGGGGUUUGUGAUAUAUGGCCAAUAUACCACGGCUAAGGGCUGUAUCCAGGUACUCCACGUUGUGUCGUGCGUAAGAACAGCCCUUAGCCGUGGUAUAUUGCCCAUAUAAUUGCUCCUGUAAGUCGCUCUGGAUAAGAGCGUCUGCUAAAUGACAUAAAAUAAAUGACAUAAAAUAAUAGCGUCUGCUAAAUGACAUAAAAUGGCCAAAGAAAGAGCAGCACCAUUGAAGACCUGUCUUGUAGCUCAAUGUCCUGAGUAGUGACGUAAGAUUGGGGACAGUGAUACCGUGGGCAGAGAACCCACACAGAAACAGCGCCAGGCAGUGAGCUCAUUUAGGUCAAAGCCAGCAGGACAACCCUUGCCCCUCUAGAAUACAAAUCACACAGGAAAUUCCACAGAAUGGAAGUAGGAUGAACGUUUUCUACUCUAGCAACGGGGAAAGUAAAAUGCUGACUAUUAAAAAAGGUGUGUAAGUAAAAGUGAAUUGGACAAAGGUUAAACACAUUAUGACGGUCAGCGGGGAUUAAAAGAUGAAGAUCACUGUAUUGGUCAAUUGCACACAAGGCCCAACUGAAAUUUGGGCCUCCCGAGUGGCGCAGUGGUCUAAGGCACUGCAUCGCAGUGCUAGCUGUGCCACUAGAGAUCCUGGUUAGAAUCCAGGCUCUGUCGUAGCCGGCGGUGACCGGGAGACCCAUGGGGCGGCGCACAAUUGGCCCAGCGUCGUCCAGGGUAGGGGAGGGAAUGGCCGGCAGGGAUGUAGCUCAGUAGGUAGAGCAUGGCGUUUGCAACGCCACGGUUGUGGGUUUGAUACCCACGGGGGGCCAGUAUAAAAAAUAAUGUAUGCACUCACUAACUGGAAGUCGCUCUGGAUAAGAGCGUCUGCUAAAUGACGUAAAUGUAAAAUGUAAAUGUAAAAUAAAAUAAAUACCACGGCUAAUGGCCGUAUCCAGGUACUCCGCGUUGCGUUGUGCGUAAGAACAGCCCUUAGCUGUGGUAUAUUGCCCAUAUACCACGGCUUAUGGCCGUAUCAAGGUACUCCGCGUUGCGUCGUGGAUAAGAACAGCCCCUAGCCGUGGUAUAUUGGCUAUAUACCACGGUUAAUGGCCGUAUCCAGGUACUCCGCGUUGUGUCGUGCAUAAGAACAGCCGUUAGCCGUGGUAUAUUUGCCAUAUACCACGGUUAAUGGCCGUAUCCAGGUACUCCGCGUUGCGUCGUGCGUAAGAACAGCCCCUAGCCGUGGUAUAUUGGCCAUAUACCACGGUUAAUGGCCGUAUCCAGGUACUCCGCGUUGUGUCGUGCUUAAGAACAGCCGUUAGCCGUGGUAUAUUGGCCAUAUACCACGGCUAAUGGCCAUAUCCAGGUACUCCGCGUUGCGUCGUGCAUAAGAACAGCCCCUAGCCGUGGUAUAUUGGCCAUAUACCACGGUUAAUGGCCGUAUCCAGGUACUCCGCGUUGCGUCAUGCGUAAGAACAGCCCUUAGCCGUGGUAUAUUGGCCAUAUACCGUGGUUAAUGGCCGUAUCCAGGUACUCCGCAUUGCGUCGUGCGUAAGAACUGCCCUUAGCCGUGGUAUAUUGGCCAUAUACCACGGUUACUGGCCGUAUCCAGGUACUCCGCGUUGCGUCGUGCCUAAGAACAGCCGUUAGCCGUGGUAUAUUGUCCAUAUACCACGGUUAAUGGCCGUAUCCAGGUACUCCGCGUUGCGUCGUGCGUAAGAACAGCCCUUAGCCGUGGUAUAUUUGCCAUAUACCACGGUUAAUGGCCGUAUCCAGGUACUCUGCGUUGCGUCGUGCAUAAGAACAGCCGUUAGCCGUGGUAUAUUGGCCAUAUACCACACCCCCCUCAUGCCUUAUUCUUCUCUACUUCCAGUACCCCCCCCCCCCCCCCCCUCCAUCCCUCUGCCGUUCCCUGCACCAGCUUCCACCAACUCCUCUUCAGUGUUUGUCUCCUCCUUCCUCUUCCUGGUUCUGCUAAUGGAACAUUAGAACAUGCUAAUUGCUCUUUGUCUGUGGGCUGUAAUCUCUACCGGUGUGGAACACACGUACGCACACACAGAGAAACAAACGAGGAGUCUACCUGUUAUAAUGACGAUGUCAACUUGUUAUUUUUCACUGUGCAGCCUGGCCAUUGUCAUUGCAUUUGUCUCUCCCCGAGACCUAUCCGUCAAGUAUAACCUUCAUGCCACAGCUUUCCACAUUCUGCUUGUUUACAUUAUUUCCUCUGGCUUACCGUUGUUGAGGACAUCAUAGGUUGUUUAGUUCAAAGUUGAGAAGAAAACAUUUCCUAAGAGGCAGAAUUUUCACUUUUGUCUCAGAAGUUGGUUUGCUCUUGAUAACUUGAUCUUAAAAAGUUUUUUUGUUGUGAAAAGAGAGAAAGAUGAACAUUGGACAGGGACAGAGACAUAAUGUAUAUGUCACUUUGUGUCCAAUGUCACUUUGUUUCCAAUGUCAUUUUGUGUCCAAUGUCACUUUGUGUCCAAUAUAAUUUUGUGUCCAAUGUCACUUUAUGUCCAAUGUCACGUUGUGUCAAAUGUCACUUUGUGUCCAAUGGCCUCUCUGCUGUUGUUUCACAAUGCCGGAGGAAGGUUGAAGGGAUAUUGAGAGAAGUGUCAGCUGUGAUAGUCUGCAGGUUCCCAAGGACGUAUCCCCAGCCUCUGUAUGUAGCCUGCUAUGUUACCUCAAUGGUAUAGAACAGACUGGAUUCUCACAGAUGGAAAAAUACCAUGUCCCAGUGUUAAAUCUAAAAUAAUAUCUAAAUCCUGAGAGGAGUGUCCUAACCUUGAUCUGCACGCUUCAGAUUUCCACACAGAUAUUCCAUUGACUCCAAAUCACGACAAAAGGUCAGAGUUAGCUCAAGUUCUUAUUUGAGAUUGAGCACUUAAUUGGGGUAUUAUAAAGUUAGGCAGAAACGUUGACUACAUUUGAAGCCCUACCCCCCGCUUUCCACCUCUCUGACUUCCUCUGGCUUGCUUCCCUCAUUCUGCGAAAAAUAUCACAUCAAUUAAAAGCACUAUAUUUAGUUUGCCUGUAGCUCAGAAUAUGACCUCUGCUACUCUCCUCAAAUCAUCUAACGCUUCCCUUGGUUCACUCCGUUUAGGCUCAGGCCACACCGAGGUGGGAAUUCAGAACAAAAGCCAAUUAAUCCGACUGUUGGUUUUUUCUUUCUCCUCUGUUUCUCUCUCUCUCUCUUUCUCUCCUUCUAUUUAGUUCUCUCCGGCCGGGGACUUGAUCUUCGAGGUGUACCUGGAGAGGAGGGAGCCGGAGAACUGCUGCUUAAUCAAGGUAAAGGUGUGUGUGUGUGUGUGUGUGUGUGUGUGUGUGUGUGUGUGUGUGUGUGUGUGUGUGUGUGUGUGUGUGUGCGUGCGUGCAAGGGGGUGAGAAAGAGGGGGAGUGUGUGAGUUGGAGGGAGGGAGAGAGAGGGAGAGGGAGAGGUGGAGGGGUGUGUAAUGGGGUCUGGGGGAGUUAGAGGGACAGAGCAAGGGAUGGAGAGAGAGAGAGGAGAGAGAGAGAGAGGGAGAGAGAGAGAGAGAGGGAGAGAGGUGGAGGGUGUGAUAGAAUAGGGCCGAGACGUUGGUGGUUAAACCUGAUGGGAUUACUGCCACCGGAAUAAAUCAAAAGCGAGCUAAUCAAAGACACUUCUGAUAUAAUUGUGUGAGUAAUUGCGUUUAAUCAGUGGUAGUGGUAAGCUGCAGGUAAUGGACUUAUUUUGCAGGUGUGGAACAGCGGUGGGGUGGAAGGGGGAGGGGGGGGGGGGGGGGGGGGGGGGGGUUAGGUUAGAGUGGACUGUUUUACGACUCACUUUACGACUCACUUUACGACUCACACAACAUUAACACUUAUUUUCUUCUCUCUUUAGUCAUGCUGAGUCUUUCCUUUCUGUUCACCUCUACACUAUGAUUACAGAAUAGUUUCUAUCACUAUUUCACAAACAAAUGUAGGGUUUUGUGUUCUCCAUUUCCAGUCUGCAAGUGAUGGAAAAUCUUUGACAGUGAUACAAAUGCCCAACCUUAACUCCAUUCCCUAAUUAACUGUUGGGGAUAGCUAAUAUGCAGGGUUGUAGUCAUUCUAUUUGAAUGUAUUCAAUGCAGCAAGUUAAUUUACAUUUAAAUUCAAGAAUGGGGAAAAAAAUCCUAAUUGAAAAUGAAUGACACUGCAAUUCUCGUACUGUAAUUUCAGUUCACUUCCUGGGUGAAUUGAAAUGAAAUGGACUGAAAUAACUGAAAUUGAAAUGACCCCAGUCCUGCUAAAAUGUGACUGUAUCCUUUCCUCUCUCUAACAUCUUUGUGGUUGUGUUAUGGUAGUUGUCUCCAACCAUGAGGUCAGAAGAGCUGGCAGAGUCCACGCUGGUUAUGAGGAACGUGGUCACGACCCCGGUCGACCUCUGGAUCACGUUCGAGGUCAUAGAGAACGGAGAACUGGGUAUGUGACAACAAGACAUCUCUAAAAGAGUUUAGCAACUGGUCAUUUAGCUAAGGUCACAUCUUCUGUGUGGUCAGCUUUUCUUUCAUGUCUCCAGAGGGAAAGUUUCUGAAGUCAGAAAAACAUGUGGUUUCACUAAUUGCGAAGGUUGGAUAAAUGAAAUAUGCAGACAGUGCUGUAAAUAAUAUUGGGAAGAAGGGAAAUGUCUUCGCGUAUUCCCUCUGGCCAUUUUUCCAAACUUUUCUCCUAGCAGAGCUGUCAUCUGUCUGUACAUCCAGUUAGUGAUGGAUGUCAUCUGUCUGUAUAUCCAUUUAGUGAUGGAUGGGUGUUCGGUGGCCAGGACACUGUUUGAAAGGCUGUUCUCAUUCAGGUCACAUACAAUGGGGCAUAUUUUCCUCAUCUCAAGGCCUCAUGAUUAGAAGAUUAGGCUGUUGAAGUAUCUCAGUAAUGAACCAGUGUCUGUAGUAAUGUCUCAGUAAUGAACCAGUGUCUGUAGUAAUAUCUCAGUAACCAACCAGUGUCUGUAGUAAUAUCUCAGUAACCAACCAGUGUCUGUAGUAAUAUCUCAGUAACCAACCAGUGUCUGUAGUAAUAUCUCAGUAACCAACCAGUGUCUGUAGUAAUAUCUCAGUAACCAACCAGUGUCUGUAGUAAUAUCUCAGUAACCGACCAGUGUCUGUAGUAAUAUCUCAGUAACCAACCAGUGUCUGUAGUAAUAUCUCAGUAACCAACCAGUGUCUGUAGUAAUAUCUCAGUAACCAACCAGUAUCCGGGGCUAUAGAAGUGAAGAAAUUAGCUAAUCGUCAGUCUUUUGAUGAUACUAUGGGGAUUUAAUUAAUGUCAUAAAUAAAAAUGUAUUGAUAAACCAGGGAAACUGAUAAACCAGGGAAACUGAUAAACCAGGGAAACUGAUAAACCAGGGAAACUGAAUCGUGACUUCAGGUUAUUAAUGUACUGUAACACCUCUGCAUUUAGUGGGAGUGGAUAAUGAUAAAUAAUAAUUAAGGAAUUAUAGUUAUAGUAGGCUUAGCUGGCAUUUCUGUGUACUUUUCACCAGUUCACAGAGAGUUUGCUUUAAAAAAAAAAAUUGUGUUCCACCCUCAAAGUUACCUAGGACAGGUUUUUCCUUUGCAGAAAAAAAAAUGGGGUAUGCGGUGAAUAUAGUGAAUAUUUGAUGAUGGUUCAGCAUUGUUCCCUGCUGGAGACAACAGAUUUGCUGCUGCGUUGAAACAUCCCAGAUCGCUUAGCUGUUCAAAAGCUGCUGUUGUGACACAUUUUUAUGCUCACGACCGAUAAAGGGGGGAAAGGGAAAAAAGAGGAAGUGUAAGAUAAUUACGCAUUUUUGGCGGAUAACCAUAGAUAAACAGUGUUAUCGGUUGGCGAUUGGGGAAGCUAAUAUUAGGGGGUGUGAGAAUGAGUAACUAAUCCCUUUGGCCUGAGUCUGCACAGAUCCCAGAGCAAAGAUAAGCCACUCUGUUCUAAAUAUGUUAAGCACCCGGGAUUUUUUUUUUUGUUUCCCUCGGAUAUGAAAAACUAUUAACAGGGUGUGCAGAGAUUGAUGCAAUAGAGGGGGGGGGGGGGGGGGGGGGGGGGGCGGAGGAGGUGGGUACAAGUGAUUUUAGCUGAUGGCAUGUACUAUUACCCUGUUCACACGUCAGGCAGGCGAGAUAAUAGGCCUAUUUUGCACUUGAGUGUGUUUUCUAAUCAUGUUCAGAUUUGCAGAGGAUAAUUUAACUACACAAUUAUAAAAGUUGGGGAGAAAAAACAACAACCUAUUGAUAAUGGAUUUUUCCUGAUGGCAUUUUAGACAAUUAUAGUUCAGUAAUAAUGAAGAUUGUACAGUCGUUUUUGGGAAAAUGUACAGCUGAACCACAUCGGUCAGGAUUGUGUAAAAACCAUUUGUAAACUGCGAGGGUAAUCUUUUCAGAUUUGCAGACACAACCAGAUACUUUAAAUAGUUUUAGACUUGGUUAUAGAUUAAACACUGAUUUGUUGUCUGUAUUACAGAAUUGCAUACACAACACACUGACUUGUAGACACGACACACUGACUUGCAGACACAACACACUGACUUGUAGACACAACACACUGACUUGUAGACACGACACACUGACUUGAAGAAACAACACACUGACUUGUAGACACGACACACUGACUUGCAGACACAACACACUGACUUGAAGACACAACACACUGACUUGUAGACACAACACACUGACUUGAAGACACAACACACUGACUUGAAGACACAACACACUGACUUGUAGACACGACACACUGACUUGAAGACACAACACACUGACUUGCAGACACGACACACUGACUUGUAGACACAACACACUGACUUGCAGACACAACACACUGACUUGCAGACACGACACACUGACUUGAAGACACAACACACUGAUGUCUUUUGUGUUUUGGAACAGAACGUCCAUUGCACUACAAAGAGAAGGUUCUGGAGCAGGUGCUGGAGUGGAGCACUCUAGACGACCCCAGCUCCGCCUUCCUCGUCAUCAAAAAGUUUGGAGAAGACAAAAUGGCAGAUGCUUUCCCAGGUACAGCAUGCAGUUAGAUCCAUGAUAUCUGAAAGCACCACCAAGCUCAAAAUAUAGCUGAGAAGGUGUCAAAUCAGCUUUUGUACACCAGCAUUUCACACUGACAAUGGCACUGAUUGAGCGAAAAAGCUUCUGUUUCUAUGAACACAGUUUCCCUAUUGAGAGAGUUCUUUUCCACACAGAUGCACACUACCGUACCUUGAUAGACACAAAGAAUUAAAGAUUGUGACUUCUCUCUUCUCUUCUCUUCUCUCUCUCUCCUCUCUCUCUCUCUCUCUCUCUCUCUCUCUCUCUCUCUCUCUCUCUCUCUCUCUCUCUCAAAGCAUCAGUCCUUUUAUCCAUUCCAUAAUUUCAGAACCAAAUGAUUAAUGAAUGUGUUAUUACAUUUGUAUAAGGAAUGUAGAAAUACAUGACAGAUUGAUUUAUUUACAUUAUGAACAGUAAUUGUCUCACCUGUGCCUGUUAAACGGCCUAUUAUUGAACAUUGUUAUAACAAGCAACCUGUUCUCAUCACGAUUUAUAACCUCAAAGCAAAUUAACGUUGAUGCAUGACAGUAUACCCUACCCCUAUGUCAUCAAUAGACUCUUACAGCAAAUCAUACAUACAAUCGCAAACAUGCAUUCAUAAUUGUGGUGAGUUCCUUCCAUCUCUCAUAUUCCAAGUGUGUGUGUGGGGGGGGGGGGGGGGAUAUCUGCUGAUUGCUUAUUGCUGUGUUUCACCUUCAGGCAGAAAGCAAAAGCAGUUUAUGAGAGGGGAACAGGUGAAGUUCAAGGACGGGUCGUCCAAGCUGCUUUCUGGACAUAAAUUCCAGGACAGAUAUGUCAUCCUCCGAGAUGAGAAGCUGCUACUGUACAAAGAAAUGAAAGUGAGUGGGCUUGUGAGUGUGUCUCUGUGUCUGUGUGUGUGUGUGUGUGUGUGUGUGUGUGUGUGUGUGUGUGUGUGUGUGUUGUAUUUGCCUGUGCAUUUUCAUUUGUUUGGCAAUUAAUUACUGUUUUACAGCACACACAAAAUUAGGCUCUUUUCUGCCUUCAAUUGUUCUCCUCAUUCGCUGAAAGGGAAGCACAAUCCCAUUUACCUUUUAAUUUGGGUAUUAAAGAAACUGGAAACUGUCUCCACCCUUACACACACACACACACACACACACACACACACACACACACACACACACACACUCACCUCAGACAGAGAAGUGUUCCAGAAUGUGAAUUACCCCCCAGCUCUCUGGCUUUAUGUUAGAACCAGAACACAACACAGUGGGGCCAGCCUCCCCUGAGGCCCCUCUCUGAGCUCCAGUUGAGAUGUGGUUUGUAAAGGAGCGUGAAGAUUAGUUAUUAAUGGCUGGAGGUGGAUGGAUAGAGGGAUGGGAAAGGAGAGAUGAAAAAAGGGGGGGGGGGGGGGUGGCAUUUGAAUGAAGGCUGUGUUAUUUCCUUAAUUAGUGGAAUAUCAGGCUGCUCUUCAAUGUGGCUAAUUUAGUUAAAUACAGUCGGCGAAUUGUAUUUAUAUCGUGUUAGGAUGUGGUGAGGUGGGUGGGGGGGGUGUGAUGUGGUGUGGGGAGGUGUGUGUGUAGGGGAGUGUUUAUGGGUGGUAGGUAGUGGAUGUGUGUGUGGUGUGUGUGUUGGGGUGUGGUAGUGGUGGAGGUGGGUGAGUGUGCAUGUGUGGGAGUGGCUGUGCGGUGAGUGGUGGUGGUGGUGUGUUGGUGUGAGUGUGUGGUGGUGGGUGCGUGGGUGUGGUGUUGGUGUGUGUGGUGUGUGUGUGUGUGCGUGUGUGUGUGUGUGUGUUGUGUGGUGGUGGGUGUGUGUGAUGCGGCGAUAAGCAAAAGUAAGUGUGGGGAAAGGUUAGUGUCAUGCAGGAGAGUAAUGUCUAAAGGCCGGGAAUUGCCAGGGACCCUCACUAUACGUAUCACAACACUUAGGUGCCGAACGAUAUGUAUGGCGAUUCUCACAAUUCAUAUUCGAUACUGUGAUUUUAUUGCGAUUCAAUGUUCCAAACAUAUUGCUCACUGUACAGUAUGUCUGCUGCAGAGAGAGGAGAGAGCAUGAGAAAAUGGGACCGACCGGCUCGAUUUGGUCGUAUGUAGCAACAUUUGAAAUUGUGUUUUUUUACAUUGGAUAAAAGUAGAGACUCAGAGCUAGAAAAUUGUAUAUCAUACACUACAGUUGAGGGAAAAUGAGAAAGUAAUUCUGCUUUGAAAGUUGAUAAACUUUUGAAACUCCACUUUUGAGAAAAUGGACCUUGAAUGUUUUGGAACACCUACUGGAGAGCUCUUCUUUGUCUACACCCAUUCAGCAUCAUUCACACCCGCUUUAGCCCCACCCAUCUCUUUAAGUAUUCACAUGUGAGGCCAUGUGGUAAACACACGCUAUAUCAAAUCAAAUCUAAAUUUAUUUGUCACAUGCACAGAAUACAGAAGGUGUAAACGGUACAGUGAAGUGGUUAGAUGAAAAUAUUUUAUGAAUACUUUAUCAUUAUUAGAUGAUGCUUACCCGACACACUUGUGUAAAUUGAUGGGUCAUGUGAAGGAAAUGCUAUAACGACUCCCCAGCCACAGCUAGCUAAGUGGAUGGGUCACUAUUGUCUAGACAUGUACACAUGUUCAUGAAAUACAAUAGAUGGUCGUAAUCACCCCCAGACACACCUGGCUAAUUUGAUGGGUCAUGUAAUAAUCCGGUUGAAGUGGAGUCUUUUGUUUAGACAUGUAGCUAGCUAGCUAAACACGAAAAUGCAUAAUCCCAACUCAUACUACUACCAAUACAAACAUCGUCAUAGCUGUAGUAUGAAUCGGCAGGUAGCUAAAGCUAACAAACUAGGUUCAAUUUUAGCUUGCUAACAUUAGGCUAUAACUAGCAAUGCAAAUGGAUUUCUGAUUCGAAUAAUAUUACUACACAGAUCAUACAUGUAACGUUAGCUAGCGAGCCAGCAAGUUAACAUUUGCUAGCUAACUAACAGUAUGCUUUAACUUGCAAUAAAAACGACUUUCUGACAAAAUUUGAAAAUUAUAUCUGAAAAUGUAGCUAGACUCUUACCCGUAUACAUGGAUGAACGCUUCACAGAAGACUGGAACCAUUUAACUCUUUCUUGUUUAUAGCUACAUCUUGUUUGGCCAGCGUUGUGUCAAGUCACUCCAGUUCUCACUGACCCAUGGCAUGUGCAGAAUGUAGCCCAUCACUUUUUCCAACUGAUCAGUUGAUAGCGCCUGCUAAAUUCAGGGCAUCAAAGUUGUUGAGAAAAGUAGCAAAACGUUUGUAGUUCUCAAUGGCUAUUGUUAUAUCGUUCAAAAACGGUGCAGUAGAAAGGACUGUCAACACAUACUGAACAGCUCACGUUAUAGACAGAAGCAUGCUACAGUGGGGAAAAAAGUAUUUAGUCAGCCACCAAUUGUGCAAGUUCUCCCACUUAAAAAGAUGAGAGAGGCCUGUAAUUUUCAUCAUAGGUACACGUCAACUAUGACAGACAAAUUGAGAAUUUUUUUUCCAGAAAAUCACAUUGUAGGAUUUUUAAUGAUUUUAUUUGCAAAUUAUGGUGGAAAAUAAGUAUUUGGUCACCUACAAACAAGCAAGAUUUCUGGCUCUCACAGACCUGUAACUUCUUCUUUAAGAGGCUCCUCUGUCCUCCACUCGUUACCUGUAUUAAUGGCACCUGUUUGAACUUGUUAUCAGUAUAAAAGACACCUGUCCACAACCUCAAACAGUCACAUUCCAAACUCCACUAUGGCCAAGACCAAAGAGCUGUCAAAGGACACCAGAAACAAAAUUGUAGACCUGCACCAGGCUGGGAAGACUGAAUCUGCAAUAGGUAAGCAGCUUGGUUUGAAGAAAUCAACUGUGGGAGCAAUUAUUAGGAAAUGGAAGACAUACAAGACCACUGAUAAUCUCCCUCGAUCUGGGGCUCCACGCAAGAUCUCACCCAGUGGGGUCAAAAUGAUCACAAGAAUGGUGAGCAAAAAUCCCAGAACCACACAGGGGGACCUAGAGAAUGACCUGCAGAGAGCUGGGACCAAAGUAACAAAGCCUACCAUCAGUAGCACACUACGCCGCCAGGGACUCAAAUCCUGCAGUGCAAGACGUGUCCCCCUGCUUAAGCCAGUACAUGUCCAGGCCCGUCUGAAGUUUGCUAGAGUGCAUUUGGAUGAUCCAGAAGAGGAUUUGGAGAAUGUCAUAUGGUCAGAUGAAACCAAAAUAGAACUUUUUGGUAAAAACUCAACUCGUCGUGUUUGGAGGACAAAGAAUGCUGAGUUGCAUCCAAAGAACACCAUACCUACUGUGAAGCAUGGGGGUGGAAACAUCAUGCUUUGGGGCUGUUUUUCUGCAAAGGGACCAGGACGACUGAUCCGUGUAAAGGAAAGAAUGAAUGGGGCAUUGUAUCGUGAGAUUUUGAGUGAAAACCUCCUUCCAUCAGCAAGGGCAUUGAAGAUGAAACGUGGCUGGGUCUUUCAGCAUGACAAUGAUCCCAAACACACCGCCCGGGAUACGAGUGGCUUCGUAAGAAGCAUUUCAAGGUCCUGGAGUGGCCUAGCCAGUCUCCAGAUCUCAACCCCAUAGAAAAUCUUUGGAGGGAGUUGAAAGUCCAUGUUGCCCAGCGACAGCCCCAAAACAUCACUGCUCUAGAGGAGAUCUGCAUGGAAGAAUGGGCAAAAAUACCAGCAACAGUGUGUGAAAACCUUGUGAAGACUUACAGAAAACGUUUGACCUGUGUCAUUGCCAACAAAGGGUAUAUAAAAAGUAUUGAGAAACUUUUGUUAUUGACCAAAUACUUAUUUUCCACCAUAAUUUGCAAAUAAAUUCAUUACAAAUCCUACAAUGUGAUUUUCUGGAUUGUUUUCUUCUUAUUUUGUCUGUCAUAGUUGACGUGUACCUAUGAUGAAAAUUACAGGCCUCUCUCAUCUUUUUAAGUGGGAGAACUUGCACAAUUGGUGGCUGACUAAAUACAUUUUUUCCCCACUGUACAUUUACAUUUUACAUUUUAGUCAUUUAGCAGAAGCUCUUAUCCAGAGCGACUUACAGUUUUAGUGAGUGCAUACAUUUUUUCAUACUGCCCCCCCGUGGGAAUCGAUCCCACAACCCUGGCGUUGCAAGCGCCAUGCUCUACCAACUGAGCUACAGGAGGCCCCUGCUACGAGGCAGACCAAUCCAAACUCAUCUCCCGGCAGGUAGCUUAGUGGUUAAGAGCGUUGUGCCAGUAGCCGAAAGGUCGCUGGUUCUAAUCCCCGAGCCGACCAGGUGAAAAAUCUGUCGAUGUGCCCUUGAGCAAGGCACUUAACCCUAAUUGCUCCUGUAAGUCGCUCUGGAUAAGAGUGUCUGCUAAAUGACUAAAAUGUAAAUGUAAUGUCCAGCUCAGCCAAUCAUGGCUAGCGGGAAGGUCCCUGUCUUUUUCCUUGACUAAACCAACUAGGCUCGUAAUUUCACCAUUUUAUUCGUAUUUACGGAUGGAAUACAAGUUUGUUAUUAAGGCACAUUAAAGUUCACAUGUUCCAGAAGGCAUUUCUGCCCCAAUACGCAUUUUGAUUUUUAAAAAAGUGUUUACGUUCAAAUGCCUCUCCUGUGAAGUAGUGACGUGUGACAUACGCCUAGUUUCCUGAAACGGGUCAUAAAUGAGUUUUGAUCAGUCAGGGAAAUAAAAGUGGCUCACUAUUUAAAAAGAUGAUGGAGAACAAGCUUUAGGAUGAAAAAUACAGGAUGUUUGGUGCUGGUACAGCUGACUAGCGCUAGCUAACGAUGCUUACAACAGCAAAAUGAAAUAGAAAAAUGGUUUAUUUUUUAUUUAUUUAUUUAUUAUCUAUACUUGAAGUCAAAUAUCGCUACAAAAAUAAUAUUGCGACAUGUAACUGUAUCAAUAUUUUCCCCCAUCCAAUUAUUCUCUGGUAGUGAUAGUUUUUGGAAGGCAUAUGUUUGGACUAUAAGAAUAUAAUAUAAUAUGUCAUUUAGCAGAUGCUGUUAUCGAAUGUGUGCAUACAUUUUUACGUAUGGGGUGGUCCCGGGGAUCGAACCCACUACCCUGGCGUUAUAAGCUCUACCAAUUGAGCUACAGAGGACCACUACAGAAGACUACCUGUCUUUUUGAGACAUUUUACAUUUUAGUCAUUUAGCAGACGCUCUUAUCCAGAGCGACUUACAGUUAGUGAGUGCAGACAUUUUCAUACUGGCCCCCCCGUGGGAAUCGAACCCACAACCCUGGCGUUGCAAGCGCCGUGCUCUACCAACUGAGCUACAGGGAGACCUUUUGCAAAAAAUGCUCUUGCUAUUUGGAUUGGUUGAGACUGCUUACUUCCCCUGUCUGACUGACUUCCUGUUUGUCCUAGAGCACUAAGCCAGAGAGAGAGGUCCCACUGAAGUUAGUCAAGUGUUAUCUAGGCCUGAAGAGGAAGCUCAAACCACCCACCAGGUAAAUAUCACUGAGACUUAUCACAUAUAUCGUAUCUUAUCAAACAGCACACAGAAUCAACUCAUGUGAUUACACAGAGAGGCAAAAAAUUGGGUUUUACAGGCCUGAAAGUGUAAAUAAUAUUUCUAAAAGUGUUAUUAAGAUAGAUUCAUCAUUAUUAGUACUGGUCUUCUUUACUGUGUUAUUUUGUCUCAUGGUGUGAGUUCCUCGUCCAUAAAAUAUGUAAUGUCUUCUCUUUUUGUUCCGAGUGCCUCAACGCCAUGGCUAUCCAAACCACUCAUCUAACUCCCUCACAAUAACACCAUUGAUUAAAUGUAUUACUGAACAAAAAUAUAUACGCCACAUGUAAAAAUCCCAGAAAUGUUCCAUACGCACAAAGAGCUUAUUUCUCUCAAUUUGUUUCGCGCAGAUUUGUUUACAUUCCCUGUUAGUGAGCAUUUCCUCCUUUGCCAAGAUAAUCCAUCCACCUGACAGGUGUGACAUAUCAAGAAGCUGAUUAAGCGGCCUGAUCAUUACCCAGGUACAGUGAGGAGUAAUAAAUACCUUUUGUGGGGAAAAACUCAUUCUGAUUGGCUGAGCCUGGCUCCCCAGUGGGUGGGCCUGGCUGCCCAGUGGGUGGGCCUGGCUCCCCAGUGGGUGGGCCUGGCUGCCAAGUGGCUGCACCCCUGCCCAGUCAUCUGAAAUCCAUAGACUAGGGCCUAACUAAUGUAUUUCAAUUGACUGAUUUCCUUAUAUGAAAUGUAACUCAGUAAAAUCUUUGAAAUUGUUGCAUGUUGCAUUUAUAUUUUUGUUCAGUAAAAAUUCUGCUUUAACAAAUAGCAAUUAUUGGCCCGCUUCCUCCGAAUGGAGAAAUAUUGCUGGCACUUUAUUUUAUUUUCCUAAUCUUGUAUUAUUGUAAUUUAUGACUCAUGUCAAGCCAGCUGUAUUUUUUGUGGGCUGAAGGAGGGGGAAAAAGGCACAAGCUAAUCAUGUUACUCAAUUAACAUUUCUCAUAAUUUUUUGAGCGUCGGAAUUAGUGAAAAAAUUAGUCUACGAUGUGAUUGGAUUUCAGGAGGGGAAGGAGAAAGGGAGAAACGAGAUGAAGGAGAAAUAGAGUGGUGGUGUGAGGAAAGAUUGUGUCAGGAGAGAGAGAGAGAGAGAGAGAGAGAGAGAGAGAGAGAGAGAGAGAGACUGGGAGGAAUGGAGGGAGUCAAACAGACAGAGAGAGAAAGAGAGAGAGACUGUGGGAGGAAUGGAGGCAGUCAAAGAGACAGAGAGAGGCUAAGACAUCAUUAAGAACGUGCCGACCUGAGAAAGGGCUUGGAGGAGGUUAGACGGGCUGGGUUAGCUAGCAGGGCUUUAGACAGGCUACAGACUACAGGCUACAGGCUACAGGCUACAGGCUACAGGCUACAGACUACAGGCUACAGGCUACAGACUGCAGGCUACAGACUACAGACUACAGGCUACAGGCUACAGGCUACCUAACCUAUUCAUAUCCUCCCUCUUCUCCCCUGUUCCAUCUAUUCCUCCUUCCCAAGGGGGGCUCUAGAAUAGGAUCAUUGAUUAAUCAGCUAUACUCAUCACUGAACUAACCGUGUGGCCACAGACCUGUGUGUGUGUGUGUGUGUGUGUGUGUGUGUGUGUGUGUGUGUACACCUUGACUCCUAGUGCAUACUGAGGUGUCUAAUAGGUAAAACAAUUAUCCUGAACGUUGUGUUUGUCACCGCUGCAGUUGAAAGGACGAUGAUUUAAUAUCUUGAUGAAAGUAGACAGAAGCCCAACUGAACUCUUGCCCUGAGAUAUUUCCUGGUCAUCCGAGUUCAGGGGUUUGCAACUUCUUGUUUUCUUUUGAAUUCACGUGUGAGAUGCCACAACAACUUUUCAUCAGAGUAUGGGUCACAGGUUUGCAAGAACACGAAGUUUAAACCAUCUUCUCCCUUUCCUUUAAUAGCUGGGGUUUCACCGUCUACACAGAUAAACAGCAAUGGUGAGUGCUUUUCACUGGUUUUCAAAUUCAAUAAUUCAAUACCUUCCUCUGCUUCAUUUCCAUCAGAGUUUGACAAAACAAAAUAAGAAGUUUAUUUAUUCACCAGAUUAGAUACAUUUGAUGUUUUUCUGUGUUAAAAAUGAAGCCAUCAUUUUCCCUCAGCCCCACACCAGUGUUGGGAUAUUGAGGGCAAAGGUCAUUUACAGAUGGUCCACAACGGACAUUGAGCAAAGACAUCCAUCAUUGUAUUGUGUUGUAUGUAUCUCUUAACCACAGAUUCAGGAUCAGAUCUUUACCUCAUAUGCUAUCUUUAACCAUUAGGCAGUAUAGUAAAUCUGACCCAGGGUCAGUGGUUAGGGGUAACUUUUAUAUAUACUAUUUUUCUGACCCACAGGCAUUUCUGCUGCGAGGGGAAGGAGUCUCAAAUAGACUGGGUGACUGACAUCAUCACAAUGAAGGUACAUUCACUAUGAUUAGAAGGGUUGGGAAACUUCUUAGUCAAUAAAGGGUGUGUUCAACAUGGUCAAUGUUUCACUGUGUUAUAUAGAUUUUAAAGUAUUGACGAAUCAGCUUGAUGAAAUGCUAUAAGGAAAACACUUCUGACAUAGAAUGAUCACUCAUUUACAUUUUUAGUCAUUUAGCAGACGCUCUUAUCCAGAGCGACUUACAGGAGCAAUUAGGGUUAAGUGCCUUGCUCAAGGGCACAUUGACAGAUUUUCACCUAGUCGGCUCGGGGAUUAGAACCAGCGACCUCUCGGUUACUGGCACAACGCUCUUAACCACAGAGCUACCUGCCCCCACUCAUGAUGCACGUACUGUAAGAGUUUGAUGCACGGAUGUUGUUUCAAUGUAUGGUCUCUUUCCACCAAGUGUAUGGAAACGUAAUAAUCCUGGAACGGAAGACAAUGAUACAUAUUGAGAAUAGUUUGUUGUCCUCUCCUUUCACCAUCCUCAUUCCCAUGAAAAAUAGUUUGAUUAACACUCAGGAAAAAACUGCAUCUUUAAACAAGCGAGAUAUGAUAAAUCAUAUUUACUCUCCCAAAUCAUUGUUCCCCGAAAUACAAUACAUAAAUAAGGGGAAGUGCGGUGAAGUUUUCGAGGUCACUCAGCGAUAACAUGAAUCACAUUAUGUGCAAAAUUCUCCGUCGCUGGAAUAAGGUCAGGGAGAUUGUAACAAUUACAUUGGUGGUGAGCAGAACACUACAGUCCCUACAUCUACAGCAUAUAGUUAAGUGUUGUUUAUGUCAGUGGCUGACAGCACACAGCUGCCAUAAAUAAUGCAAAGAGGAGAGAAGCUACAGAUAUUUCAGAUGAGCAGAAUAUCACUCUCCUUUUUCUCGUUCAAUUGUUCCCUCUCUCUGGGUCUCUCUCUCUCUCUUCCUCUCUGGGUCUCUCUAUCUCUUCUAUCUCCUCUCUACUUCUGGGUCUCCUUUCUGGGAGUCAUCUCUCGGGUUCUCUCUCUCUCUCUCUCGUGUUGCUGGUAGUCGAGCUAUCUCUCUCUCCUCUCUCUCUCUCUAUCCUCUCUCUCUCUCUCUCUCUCUCUCUCUCUCUCUCUCUCUCUCUCUCUCUCUCUCUCUCUCUCUCUCUCUCUCUCUGGGUCUCUCUCUCUCUUUCUCUCUCUCAAUUCAAUUCAAUUCAAUUCAAUUCAAUUUAAGGGCUUUAUUGGCAUGGGAAAUGUAUGUUAACAUUGCCAAAGCAAGUGAAGUAGAUAGUAAACAAAAGUGAAAUAAACAAUACAAAUUAACAGUAAACAUUACACUCAGAAGUUCCAAAAGAAUAAAGACAUUUCAAAUGUCAUAUUAUGUCUAUUUACAGUGUUGUAACAAUGUGCAAAUAGUUAAAGUACAAAUGGGAAAAUAAAUAAACAUAAAUAUGGGUUGUAUUUACAAUGGUGUUUGUUCUUCACUGGUUGCCCUUUUCUUGUGGCAACAUGUCACAAAUCUUGCAGCUGUGAUGGCACACUGUGGUUUUUCACCCAGUAGAUAAGGGAGUUUAUCAAAAUUGGGUAUGUUUUCGAAUUCUUUGUGGAUCGCUGUAAUCUGAGGGAAAUAUGUGUCUCUAAUAUGGUCAUACAUUUGGCAGGAGGUUAGGAAGUGCAGCUCAGUUUCAACCUCAUUUUGUGGGCAGUGUGCACAUAGCCUGUCUUCUCUUGAGAGCCAGGUCUGCCUAUGGCGGCCUUUCUCAAUAGCAAGGCUAUGCUCAUUGAGUCUGUACAUAGUCAAAGCUUUCCUUAAGUUUGGGUCAGUCACAGUGGUCAGGUAUUCUGCCACUGUGUACUCUCUGUUUAGGGCCAAAUAGCAUUCUAGUUUGCUCUGUUUUUUUUUGUUUGUUCUUUCCAAUGUGUCAAGUAAUUCUCUUUUUGUUUUCUCAUGAUUUGUUUGGGUCUAAUUGUGUUGUUGUUGUUGUCCUGGGGCUCUGUGGGGUCUGAUUGUGUUUGUGAACAGAGCCCCAGGACCAGCUUACUUAGGGGACUCUUCUCCAAGUUCAUCUCUCUGUAGGUGAUGGCUUUGUUAUGGAAGGUUUGGGAAUCGCUUCCUUUUAAGUGGUUAUAGAAUUUAACGGCUCUUUUCUGGAUUUUGAUAAUUAGCGGGUAUUGGCCUAAUUCUGCUCUGCAUGCAUUAUUUGGUGUUUUACGUUGUACACGGAGGAUGUUUUUGCAGAAUUCUGCAUGCAGAGUCUCAAUUUGGUGUUUGUCCCAUUUUGUGAAUUCUUGGUUGGUGAGCGGAACCCAGACCUCACAACCAUAAAGGGCAAUGGGUUCUAUAACUAAUUCAAGUAUUUUUAGCCAGAUCCUAAUUGGUAUGUCACAUUUUAUGUUCCUUUUGAUGGCAUAGAAGGCCCUUCUUGCCUUGUCUCUCAGAUUGUUCACAGCUUUGUGGAAGUUACCUGUGGCGCUGAUGUUUAGGCCGAGGUAUGUAUAGUUUUUUGUGUGCUCUAGGGCAACGGUGUCUAGAUGGAAUUUGUAUUUGUGGUCCUGGCAACUGGACCUUUUUUAGAACACCAUUAUUUUUGUCUUACUGAGAUUUACUGUCAGGGCCCAGGUCUGACAGAAUCUGUGCAGAAGAUCUAGGUGCUGCUGUAGGCCCUCCUUGGUUGGUGACAGAAUCACCAGAUCAUCAGCAAACAGUAGACAUUUGACUUCAGAUUCUAGUAGGGUGAGGCCGGGUGCUGCAGACUGUUCUAGUGUCCUCACCAAUUCGUUGAUAUAUAUGUUGAAGAGGGUGGGGCUUAAACUGCAUCCCUGUCUCACCCCACGGCCCUGAGGAAAGAAAUGUGUGUGUUUUUUGCCAAUUUUAACCGCACACUUGUUGUUUGUGUACAUGGAUUUUAUAAUGUUGUAUGUUUUUCCCCCAACCCCACUUUCCAUCAAUUUGUAUAGCAGACCCUCAUGCCAAAUUGAGUCAAAAGCUUUUUUGAAAUCAACAAAGCAUGAGAAGACUUUGCCUUUGUUUUGGUUUGUUUGUUUGUCAAUUAGGGUGUGCAGGGUGAAUACGUGGUCUGUCGUACGGUAAUUUGGUAAAAAGCCAAUUUGACAUUUGCUCAGUACAUUGUUUUCACUGAGGAAAUGAACUAGUCUGCUGUUAAUGAUAAUGCAGAGGAUUUUCCCAAGGUUGCUGUUGAUGCAUAUCCCACGGUAGUUAUUGGGGUCAAAUUUGUCUCCACUUUUGUGGAUUGGGGUGAUCAGUCCUUGGUUCCAAAUAUUGGGGAAGAUGCCAGAGCUAAGGAUGAUGUUAAAGAGUUUAAGUAUAGCUAAUUGAAAUUUGUGGUCUGUAUAUUUUAUCAUUUCAUUGAGGAUACCAUCAACACCACAGGCCUUUUUGGGUUGGAGGGUUUGUAUCUUGUCCUGUAGUUCAUUCAAUGUAAUUGGAGAAUCCAGUGGGUUCUGGUAGUCUUUAAUAGUUGAUUCUAAGAUUUGCUUUUGAUCAUGUAUAUUUUUUCAUGCUGUUUGUUCUCUGUUAUAGGGCCAAAAAGAUUGGAGAAGUGGUUUACCCAUACAUCUCCGUUUUGGAUAGAUAGCUCUUUGUGUUGUUGUUUGUUUAGUGUUUUCCAAUUUUCCCAGAAGUGGUUAGAGUCUAUGGAUUCUUCAAUUACAUUGAGCUGAUUUCUGACAUGAUGUUCCUUCUAAUUUCCGUGGUCUAUUUCUGUAUUGUUUUAGUGAUUCACCAUAGUGAAGGCGUAGGCUCAGGUUUUCUGGGUCUGUAUGUUUUUGGUUGGAUAGGUUUCUCAAUUUCUUUCUUAGGUUUUUGCAUUCUUCAUCAAACCAUUUAUCACUGUUGUUACUUUUCUUUGGUUUUCUGUUAGAGAUUUUUAGAUUUGAUAGGGAAGCUGAGAGGGAAAAUAUACUGUUUAGGUUUUCUACUGCCAAGUUUACACCUUCACUAUUACAGUGGAACGUUUUGUCCAGGAAGUUGUCUAGAAUGGAUUGCAUUUGUUGUUGCCUAAUUGUUUUUUGGUAGGUUUCAACACUACUUUCCUUCCAUCUAUAGCAUUUCUUAAUAUUAUUCAGUUCCUUUGGCUUUGAUGCCUCAUGAUUGAGUAUUGCUCUGUUCAAGUAGACUGUGAUUUUGCUGUGGUCUAAUAGGGGUGUCAGUGGGCUGAUUGUGAACGCUCUGAGAGACUCUGGGUUGAGGUCAGUGAUAAAGUAGUCUACAGUACUACUGCCAAGAGAUGAGCUAUAGGUGUACCUACCAUAGGAGUCCCCUCGAAGCCUACCAUUGACUAUGUACAUACCCAGUGUGCGACAGAGCUGCAGGAGUCGUGACCCGUUUUUGUUGGUUAUGUUGUCGUAGUUGUGCCAAGGGGGGCAUAUGGGGGAGGGAAUGCUGUCACCUCCAGGUAGGUGUUUGUCCCCCUGUGUGCUGAGGGUGUCAGGUUCUUGUCCAGUUCUGGCAUUUAGGUCGCCACAGACUAGUACAUGUCCCUGGGUCUAGAAAUGAUUGUUUUCCCCCUCCAGGAUGGAGAAGCUGUCUUCAUUAAAGUAUGGGGAUUCUAAUGAGGGGAUAUAGGUAGCACACAGGAGGAAAUUUUUCUCUGUUGAGAUAAUUUCCUUUUGAAUUUCUAACCAAAUGUAAAAUGUUCCUGUUUUGAUUAAUUUAAUAGAGUGAGUUAGGUCUGCUCUAUACCAAAUUAGCAUACCCCCUGAGUCCCUUCCCUGUUUCACACCUGGUAGUUUGGUGGAUGGGACUACCAGCUCUCUGUAACCUAGAGGGCAACCAGUGGGUCCAUCUCCUCUAUACCAUGUUUCUUGUAGGAUGACAAUGUCUGUAUUUCCGAUUUCUUUGGUGAAGUCCAGAUUCCUGCUCUUUAGGCCAAAGGCAGAUGACCUCAGGCCUUGGAUAUUCCAGGAUGAAAUAGUGAAGGCUUUGUGUUCCAUAAAGUGUCUAUGUUGUUGGUUGUGUGGUUUGGCCUCAGGCCAGUAAUUGUGAGCAGAGCCUGCUGAGCAUCUGGUACAUGCCAUUGGCUUGGGCUAGUGUAAGAGUGGGUGUUGGGCCUGUUUGCCUGCUCACGGCCUGGGCGUAUGUGUGACUUUCAUGUUGAGGCCCUCUUUGUGGGAGUGGGGGGCUUGGGGUGGGUAAGAGGAGCAUAGGUCUGAUCUGAGGGGGCCUAAAUGGGGUGUGGGCAUGGUUGACUUGGGGGGGAGUUAAUUGGUGGGGGUGAGGGUGUAGAUGUGGCUGAUGGUGCUGUGGUCUGGAUGUUGGUCCUCUCUGCAGGGGUCCUCUAUGUGUAGGUCCUGGGUGGGGUCCUGUAGGUCUGGGGGAGUGUCUCGCUGGUCUGGGCGGGGUGUCUGUUGAUCUGUUGCUCCUGUGUGAGGUGUUGGGUCUGCGGUUGAGGGCGAUAUCCUUUAGGGUCCGGGCGAAGGUGGGCACUGCUGCCUUGUAUAGGUGGACCUGGUCAAAAAGGCUGUUCACAUCCAGGGUGGAGUGGUAGGCCAGGUAGACAUUUGGUUUUGAUGCACAGUCACGGGAAAUACUUGCGUUUACCCGCUGUAUGGUAGCAGGGUGGAAGUAUUUUCGUGGUAACAGGGUUGAGAUAACCACUUGUGCGUUGGGGAAAGUAGAAGAAGCUUUUUCUAUCACUCCCUUGAGUGCUGUGGCCACCCUUUCCUGCUGUGUUCUCAGGUCGUUUGUGCCUGUGUGUAUUAUUAUGUGGCUGGGUGAUCCUAGUUGGUCCUCAGACAGAAGGUCUAGGGCGCGCUGGGUGUUUGGACACCAGAGUUUAGACACUCUGUGUUUUGGAAAAAGUUAUCCUGUUGAUGUUGUCUCACCACAGUCCAGAGUGCAGACAUGUCUCUCUCUACCUGCAGCUCUCCAGGUCUAGUUAAGGGGGUGUUGUUGUGCUGGACUGUUGUCUGGGUCUGUGCUGACUGGAGUGUGUUCACCUGCUGUUCCAGCUCCACCUGCCUUACCUCCAGCUGGGUGAAUUUAUCCUUCAUUUCAAUGAGGGAGUAGUACUCUGUGCUGGGAAGUUGACUUUCUGCUUGGGGUUGCUCUGUGGGGUUAUUUAAUGAAGAGGUCUGGUCUGACCCGCUCGGGGUGGGGGUAUCUCUCUCUCUCUCUAGGUCUCUCUCUCUCUCUCUCUCUCUCUCUCUCUCUCUCUCUCUCUCUCUCGCUCAGUAUUCUCUUCAGAGAGGGGUUGGGAGGGUUAUUUUCAGUCUCAUUUUAGUUUUUUAACUAAAAGACAGAAACAAAAGCUAGACUAUUUUGUUACUAUGAGAAAAUAUAGCUUUUUAAAUGUUGCAAAUUCAAUUUCAGUAUCAACUGCCAAUGUAUUCUCUAAUCCUAAACCAAAGUCCUAACCUCGGAUCCCAGACCAGAGUUUAAACUCAGCACUCAUCCUUACUAUUCUGAAAAGGUUGUGAAACACAGUGCAUCUCAUAGCUACACAAAGAGAAAUCCGAGUUUGCCGUUGCCCUAUUUGUGCCUUGUCAUCUCAUUGUGACCUACUCUCUACCACCAUCAUCUGUGCUUACUUUAGGUCUGUCAGUAAAAGCGAAGAUUGAUCUAAACCGGAAGGCCAGGUCAGUGUGAGCAACAGUGACCUUUCUCUGCUCUCAGCUCUCCGAGUCCCUAACAACUAAAUCUAUAGCGGAGUAGAGCAAGCUAAACGUAUUAGACUUCUCUCAAAGCCGCUAAGUAUCGGGAUUGGCAGCUUCCACAGGACUUGUGAGAAGAACAGAAAGAGAGAAGAGAGGGAGAGCGAGAGAGAGAGAAUACUUAUUCUCGCUUUCUUUCCUCUUACCUUUUAGCAGGCAUUUGGCUUUCGGAAAGUGUUUCCAUAGCAACUGGCACAGGAAGUCUAGGUUUUUUGUUUUGUUUUGGGGAGUGGUGGAGAAAUACAGCACAGAUUAAAUGAGGAGGUGAAAACAGUGAAAGGGUCAGCCUGUGACCAGGAUGUGGACAAGUCGUUAAAGUUUAGUACGAGCAAGCGCGGUCAGGCUUUUUUUUGUCAGGAACACCAGGUCAUCACCCUACGACUCUCCACUCUCUCCACCGUAACUGGUGGCUCAGUAUCGCUGCCUUUAAAAACAUACUCAGAGAAAGUUCCAGAGAGACAACGGCAGCAAUGCUACUUGAUAUUGUUGAUAAAGCCAUUAUUCUCCGUCAGAUCAGAUCAUGAGGAGUUAGAGGAGUUUUAG